AGGAACUUCUUCUCGCAUUCAUUAUUCUCGCCUCAAGCUGAUGUUAACGAAGCGGAAAUUGCCGAGGACAACCUUGAAGCAGUGAACCAUGCUUCCCCGCCUCUUCCGAGACGGAAGGUCGUUCGCCCCCAAAAUGUACCGUCCUCUUCGGUAUCUUCGGGCGCUAUCCAAGCCGUGCUCGAAGAGAACGGGCUCUUAGGUCAGAUUGCCUUCAUAAUCCCAGAAGCUGGAGAUCGGCCGUGGGACGUACCCGAAGGCUUUCUUUGCGUAUAUCUGAACUACUUCACGCAAUGUGGGCUCACACUUCCUAUCCCCUCUCGUCUCAUCGGGUACUGCAAUCGGCGUGGGGUAGCUCUCUCACAAGUGAUGCCUGCAUCCAUAACGAACUAUGUCGGAUUUGUCACCCUAUGCGACGAACUCGGCCAAAUUCCUUACAACCGUUUUUUCGAAGAUCUUUUCUCGGUGAAUAUUCAUAAGUCCAAGGAGUGGUUCUUCGCCGCCAAUGCCAAGCCGAAGAAGAACCUAGUUAUGGGACCUAAACCCAGUAAAUUCAAUGACUGGGAAUCCUUGUACUUCUAUCUCGAAAUGAACGAUCUCACUGUCAGCAACUCUGACAUCCCAACUCAAUCGGAGUGGAAGAUUCCGAUCGGUCGGCAUCUCCCAAGUCUCAUCCUCAAUUCCGGGCUUACUUCCGAGCUUGAAGAAGCUUUUAGUGAAGUCGGUAAGCGCCGUUGGCCAGAAGUGUGGGAAGAAAUUCUUCAACGCCGAGCUAAGAAAGCAGGCUCCGUUCGAGAACCAAAACCGCGGAAACCAAAAACUCGAGCUAGUAAGCCUCGAGCUGCUUCUAAGCGCAAAUCGUUGAAGUCGCGAAUUCAACGCUCUCGAGCUGCCAGGAUGCUUUCAAUCGACGAGAUCCCAACUCUCUUUGAUGAAGAGGAGCCGGCUAUGGCUGAUCCGAUUCCAGUCCCUGUUGCCGGACGGACCGAUGAGCCGCCAGAAGAACUACCACCUGCUGCGAACUCGCCUGACCAAGUUGGUCAGAAGAAGCUGAAAAAGAAGAAAUCUUCAAAGAAGGUCAAGAAGACUGAAGAUUCAUCCCGAGCGCAGGAUGCAGCUGUCGAGCUCGAACCACCCAUGAUUGCGACGUCGGACCUCGCAAUUCCUCACGACCAAGCCGAAGCUUCUCACUCCCGGAAGAGGCAAACGAGAGAUCAUGUCGAGGGCUCUCAAGAGCACGGGCCGGCUAAGAGGGUCCGAGUUUGUUUUGACUACGACGAGGAGACUCCUUUUGAGGAGAACGUGGACGCCUGCGCCGAGCUCUAUCAUAAGAUCUCCUCGGAAGUGCCUAGCCUUCCUUCGGUUCCCGAGCUCCGGUUUCCCAACAUGUACAAGGGAAUCGCUCACACGACUGCUGUGUUCGCCAGUCAGACCAAUAACUUGGUCGCUGCAUAUGAAGUAGCCCUGUUCGAUGAGCAAGUAAGGGUUACCGAGCUUGAAGAGAGGGUCUCCAAAGCUGAGGAGCGCCUUGCCACCGAGUUGCAAAUCAACGAGACUCUCAAUUCCUCGGUGGAUUUACUGAAGCAAGAGAGUGCGGAGCUAAAGGCUGUGAAGCAAGAGCUGACUGAGGCCCAGAAAAUGCUUGCUCGGGAGUUUGAGAAAGACAAGGAUCGGCUGCAAAGGUUGGUGGCCCACUGGAAGAACCGAGCUAGGAGCGUUCACGCAACGGCUUGCGAACGCCUUGAGAAAGUCAUCCGGAGUUUGGACGAUGCUGACAAGGCUCGGAAGCCGUACUUGGUCUACAACCAGCUCACCGGGGUCCUCGGUUUCAUCAAGCAGUUGCGGAGGAAGGGUCUGUACGAGGUCCCGCCAGAAAUGGUUGCGGAUAUUGAAGCGAAGCAUACCAAGGCGCUGGAGGACUUCAACGCGAUCGAUGCUUGCAUGCUCACUGAGGAGGACAAGAGGAUGUCUCCGUUCGUGGAGGAAGAUGAUACUCCGGCCGUGAAUGUGACCCAGAGCGCGCAAGAUCCUGCGAGGGGUGAGCAGUUCGGCUCAAACGAGGACAUACUCAACACUGCUGCCUCAAAGACCAUCUAA